UUUGAAACUUCGAAAGUGGGGUUGAAAGGAUGAAUGCAUUUCCACUCCAAUCUAAGGAUCCCCAAAUUUGAAUUGUAUAACAGCGCCAAAAUCACGUUCUUCAUCGAUGUGAAAGCGAAGAAGAAAUUCGGCGAUGGAGAAGCACCUCGUGGAGAUUUUCGAGCGGAAGAAGCGAAUAAUCGAGCAGUCGCGUCAACAGUGCCAUCUCUGGGAGCACCACCUACACUCCAAACUCCUUCUCAACGGAAUUCCCCCUCCUCCGUGGCUCUGCAACUCUUCGCUUCACGCAGAUCCACAAGAGUUAAACAAAGAUGACCUCGUUUCUGAAGUUGUGCUUUCGCAACCGCAAUGUAGAGUUCCUUUCCCUGGUGUAUACAGUAAUUUGCGUAAUGAACGUCGUGCUUUAGAGGAGUUAACUGCAGGGCGUGGGGCUUAUAAUUUGCCAGAAUGCUCCAUCAACAAUGGUGUAUGUGCCUCAAGUGGGCCUGCAGAAUUGGAUUCAGAUGCUGUAUCACCACCCCAGAAUCAGAUUGAAGCAAGUGCCUUGGAAAUUCACCAAGACCCAGCUCUGUCUCUGGCAAAGUUGCAAAGGUCAAAGUCGAGGCAGAAGGCUUUGGAGCUACGUAAUAGUGCAAAAGCACCCACACGAUUGUCAGAGAACGAUGACGACGACGCUGGUUUCUGUGCUGGCACAGUUUCAGGAGCUGUACCCCUGACUCAACGGGAAGAUGUAAUGGAGUCGGACGUGGUUAAAGAAUUUCAUUCCAAUAUCCAAAGUUGUUCCAUGAAUGAAAUGGAACCACGUGAUUGUGUAACUAAUUGCUCUGGCCAGAUAAUGAAAUCUAAAAGCUCGUCUCAGAAGAAAUCCAAUUCUUUGAAUGUUACUAGUUCUUCUUUAGCAAAGGGAGAUGCUCCUCCUCUGGAUAAUUUGAAUGAUUCAUUGGAGAUAGUCAACCAACCAUGUUGUAUGAAUGGAAGUUUUGCCGUCAAUGAUGAGAGAUUAGCUAAAUCUAAAAGUUCUAGCCAAGCGUUGAAGCUUGACAGCUCCUUGGGCAGUGGUAAAGGAAUUGAAGUUUGUAGUCUUAUGCAACCAUUCACAGAUGCUGACUCAACGGAUGUAAGCAAAGUUAUUGGUUGCAGCAAUGAAAAUGGAGGGAGUGCAGUUAAAGAUGGCAACUCCUGCCUAAAUAAACAAGAAAGUAGCAUUCAUAGUAUGAUAAAAUUACUUAGAAGUGCCUGCCCAUCACCAGGGCAUGAUCUUUUCAUGACUGGUGGUUCUGUAGAGUCUAUUGAUAAAUCAGCGCCAUCACCUCAACCUUUAAUUUCGCAGGAUCCUGUGGUGUCCGUUGUUGGGUCCCUCAGUUGUGAAAAUAAUCCUGAUUUUUCUAUGGUAAAUAGAGGAUGUUCUAGUAGGAGUGGAAAGAUCGAAGAAGUAUUGAAGUCUUCCAGAUCCAAUAUCUGUGAAAGUGAUGCCUGCUUCAAAUCUGCAGGUAAGAAAUAUUGGAAUGUACAGCUUACCGAACUGGAUGCUAGAAGGUUAUCUUCAAGUCCAAAGUAUUCGAAAUUAGAUAUAGAAAAUGACUGGAGUUUUGCAGAGAAGGAAAAUGUUGCAGCACUAGUUGCUUCUGGAAAGAUGAGAACUAUGGCUACUUGUUCACACGAAGGAUCAUUAAGGCCAGUGACUUUACUAGAAGAAUCAGAAUACGUCGAAACAGUGGUGGAUGAAAAAGUCUUGGAUGCGCAAGAAAAUAUACCAUCUGAUGCCAUUCCUAAUGAUAAUAUUCAGCACAGGUCAGCUGCAAUUGUUGGUGAAGUUGAUGAGGACUGUCAUGGGUUAGUUGAAGAAGAUCUUUCUUGUGUUAGCCCUAAGUUUGGGCUGAAUCUAUCAAUGUCAAAGCAGCCCUCUGAUUUCAUUAUGUCUGUGAAGCCUAUGCAGCUUAAUUUUGAUGAUAUAGAACAGAGAAGUAUGAGCGGAAUUUGUUGUCCCGAUUUGAAAGAGGGACAACAGGGAGUGCCUCCAGGAGAAGAAUCUCUGAACGCGUUGGAAUCUUUAAAUUUACUUGGAGAGGAAAUUUCUCCUGCAUGUGAAAGUAAGCAGAAGUCUUUUGGGGACAUACCUUUGAUGAAAAUGCAGGAAGUACUGAUCAGAAAAGAGGGGCCACAUAUGGAAUCCCGCUCAAGCCACUUUGAGGAGGAAGGCAUAGGUAGGACAACACUAAGUGCUGUGUCACCAGACAAAGAGAUACGUAUGGUGCAGAAUGAAUUCUGUGUUGUUACUUCUUCCUUGCUGAAGCAGUCAAGUCCUUCGAUAAAUGCUGGUGAAAAUUUAUCAAGAAGUUUGUCAGAAGAAGUCAUGCCACUCAAACUUGUUUUAGUAAACAGUAAAGUAAAAAAUGGUGGAAGUGGUGCUAAGUUGGCAUAUUCUUUUUCUGAGGCAGUUUCUGGAAAUGAUCUGCAAAAGUCCACGGGUGAAAGUGUUACAAAUUUCACCGUUGGGUCCUUAGUUUCUGCUCCUUUGGAAAAUGUGAAUGUUAGUUUGGCACAACCGGCCCCACAUACCUUGUGUCAAGAUCGGGACUUGUUGCGGCAGACAUUGCUCAGUGAUGGAAAAAUUACCAGUUUUUCAGCUGACUUCCAAUUUUUAAGAAGUUCCACUUAUGAUGUUGGGAAUUCAUGUCCGCAGCACAAAAGAAGGAAAAUUGAAAGAGAGGGAUAUUUACCUGCCUCUUCAAACCUCUUGGAAAAGUCACGUGAUUAUAUUGACCCAAGACCUGCUAGUAGAAGUUUGAUUAUUAAAGAUGAUAAACCGGAGGCUGCCCUAGAAGUACAACAGUUGCCAUCUGACCAAGAGGAGGAUAUAGGACAUCGAUAUGUGAGUAAUGGCUCGACAAAUGAAAUGCAAUACAACGGGGAAUGCCAAGCAAUGGAAGAGACUUCACCGAAAGAGAGCAAAGAAGAGAAGCUUAUUGUGGACGGAAGAGAAAGCAGCGAAGACACCCUUCUGUUGGCAGUGGCAAAUCCAUCAGGUUUUGGUAUUGGCUCAACGAUAAGAUGCAACACGGAUGAGAAGGUGGCGUCAUUGCAUCAUCAGGUUAAUUGUGGAGGAGAAAGUGUAGAACGUCUGAGUUGUGUCGAAAAAAGCACCUCAAGUGCAAUAAUUUAUCCGGAGGGAGAUGCUAAAUACUCAGAUUGUAUGUCUGCUUCUCCAGGAAUGCAAUGCUUGGAUUUGGUUGGUACAGAUGAGGCUUUACCUGAGUUUGAAGGGUUCAUUAUUCAAACAGAUAGUGCACAGACAUGCAUCGCUGGAGAUGAAAUGGAAUUGGAAACGAUGGAUCUUUCAAAUAAAUCAAUAAAGAAUGCAUCCGUUGGUAAAUCUAGGUUUAUGCAUUCUCCAUCGUACAGAUCCUUAACUCCAUACAAGUUACAUAACAUACCUGAGCUCUAUCAGUCUUUACCUAAUGGACUUCUGGAGGACUUAGGUAUAGGCAGUUCUCUUUCUCUAAGCGAUGCGAGUCCAAGGUCCCUUUCUGACUACCAACCAAAUUGCAAGGGCCAGUUCACUUCCUCAGUUCAAACCCUUUGGGAUCGAAUUAAUUCAAACUUUGGCAGUUCAGGAAAGCGUAGUAGUUUAAAACUAGACCUUCCCUGCAUUACUGAAGAAAAUGAAAUUGUUGAUGAGAUUGCUGACACAUUCCAUAGGGGCGUUGAUUCCCAAGGAAUGGCUGGAUCACAUAAAAGAAAACCUCUAGCUGAGAUUGUAGAUGAUGCAAACCAUUCUUUAUCGGAUUUACAAGAUGAUGUAUUCGCAGGUAGGCGUGAUGAUGUUGUAAGCACAGAGUUUAAUCUGAGCGGAACUUGCAGUAAGGUGAAAAAUAAGCUUGAGAAUAGCAAUAGGAAGAGAUUCACAAGAAAGGGGAAGGAGAACCAGAAUAUAUCUCUUGGAGCGAAUGAUGUCAAGCGGACCACAGAAUCAGUUCACAAAAGGCCCGGUAGGUCAAAGUUAUCUGGAAAAGAUAGUAUGAAACGUGGCCCCGUUAACAAUAUUGUAUCCAACGUUUCUUCCUUUAUUCCAUUAGUACAACAAAAACAAGCUGCAGCGGUUGUUACCGGCAAAAGAGACAUCAAAGUGAAGGCCCUGGAGGCAGCUGAGGCUGCCAAGCGUAUGGCAGAAAAAAAAGAGAACGAGCGCAAGAUGAAGAAGGAGGUGUUGCGACUUCAGCGAGAGAAGGUAGAGCUGGAGCUGCAGAAGAAAAAAAAAGAGGAAGAACGAAAGAAAAAGGAGGAACAAAUGGCAACAAAGAAGCGACAAAGGGAGGAUGAAGAAAAAAAGGAGAAAGAGAAAAAAAGGAAGCGUGUUAAUGACAUGAAGAAGCAGCUGCAAGAGCAUGAGAAGGUACGGGGAAAGAAGGAAGAGUCAGAAAUAGAACGCCGAACUACGGUUGAAGAAGUCCAUGAAAACAAGAAAUUAUUGGAUGCAAAAGAAAAUCAGAAGAAUUUGCGUGCGCAAGACAAAAGAGAAUGCAAUACGGUGAAAAUUUCUGAAAAUGAAUCGUUGGCCAUGAGGGAUUCAGCAAAUUAUAAAACAAAAGAACCGCGUCCUGAAAAUUCGGAAUCUGCGAAUGACUUUGAUAAUAAUGGAAAGUUAAUAGACAAUUUAAUCAAAGCCAACGAUGAUGGUGAUUCGAUAAUCGAAGACACACUUCAGGAGCAAUCGUACGAGAUCUCUCCUUAUAAAGGUUCAGAUGAUGAAGAUGAAGACGAAGAUGAGGAUGACAUGCCCAAUAACAAGUUUAUCCCUUCAUGGGCAAGCAAGCAUAGCCUUUCUCUGAUUGUUACUUCCCAGAAAACGGACCCAGAACUGAUAUUUCCUCAGCAAAGUUUUUGUAAUAUAGCAGAAGUUCUCCUGCCCCGGAAGCUACAGUUACGGUAGCACAGCAUAUUGAUCUUUUUAACACGGAUUCUGUGUUAAAAGAUUUUUGUUGAGGUUCACAAAGAAUUAAGAUGUAGCCGCGAAGAUGAUGAAUAUUAAGAUCAUUUGAUGUGAUGCAUCCAUCUUCAACUCAGCUGCUUCUAACGACAUUCCUUUUUGUCGGAAUUAUUUUGUAAUUUGUAUAGUAUUUGUAUUUGUAAGUCACUGUACAUAUAAGGCAUUUCCUCUUGUAGUAAAGCGAGGAGAUCCUUUCAUUGAAAACGCUUAGUUUGGAUUACAUCUGUAUUCAAGCUUCCGCUGAAGGCUUAAAAGAUUAGCUUCGCGAAUGUCAGAAUACUUAUUAGUUAGAUAAUGUUACUCUAUUUUUAAUUUAAUCUAAUAACAUGCACAAUUAUACUGUUCAA